AUGGUCAAUUGGAAGGCAUCGGAAAAUAUUGAUAGAUUAAUUGCCGUCUUAAUUGCCGCACAUCCAAAUUUCAAGCUUGAGUACCAGGCAAUGGCUACAUUAUUCGGGCAGGGAGCAACAUACGAUGCAAUUGAAGGGCGAUUUCGCAAAUACCGCAAAAUGGCUGAUGAAUUGAAGGCUGAAGCGGCGAGUCGAGGCAUCACGGAGCUCCCCCGAGGACGCAACAGCUCGUCCGCGACUCCCCGAACACCUCGGGGCCCUCGAAACGGAAUUACAAAGCCAUCGCCAUGCUCGUCGACUGGAAAAGGCAGAAGAGAUGCUUCACGGGCAGUCACGUCUCCGACCAAACGAGGUGUCAAAAAAGUGGCAGGGCGAAGUAUCAUGGACGCCAUUUUCGUAGAUGACCGGCCAGUCCCUGAGGACGAAGGCAAGAUUAAAAGCGAAGCGGCCGAGAUUCUAUCUGGCAUUGGAAGCGCUGGUUUUCCGGACGUGGAAAUUAUCAGUCCUCCAACUAGUACCGCCACUCCCAUCACCAAGGGCGAGGAUUCCAGCGACCACGAUCACUCAACCAUGACCAGCGCUUUCUCAUCGCCAUCCAAUUUCGGCGGAGCAAACCACACACAUUCCACUCUCGAAUCAUUGAGCAUGGGCCCUGACGCCUUCGAUAUGAGUGGACUAUAUUUCUCUCAUACUCACGGUGGAUAUGAUAUGGACGAUACGAUCUAUGGGGGAACAGCCUAG